CCGUCUGGCGAGCGGAAAAGCCACGUCACUCGGUCCGCCAUCACUGUCGCCAUUGCCAUCACUAAGCAUAUAAAACCUGGCCGGCUCCGAUACCACUCACACGCCCCUCGAGUUGAAAAAAGAAAGGAGAGGAUUUUGUUUGAUCCAUAUUGUCUUUCUUCCUUCUUGAUUUUUUUUCUUUUCUCUUUUUUUCUUUUCUAACAAUUUCCUUCUCUGGACUGUCGUCUGUUUCUUUGGAAAAACAAUAUAUUCGUCUGCAUCUUCUGACAGUGUUUAUAUAAAUAUUACCAUAAAGCAUAUUUAUACGCACGUACAAGCAUAUGUGUAUAUAUAUAUAUAUAUAUAUAUACAUAAUACAACACAUUUACACAUGAGUAGUAUAAAUUAUAUAUAUAAACAUAUUUAAUUAUCAAUCGCUGUUUCUUUGAACGAUACGACAAUAACAUAAUCCCAGCCGGUUUCAAAUCGAAGCCUCGCCAGUGUUUGUUGUCGUGUAGUGACUGACUUCCUGCACUUGUUUGUUACUGUGAUUUUUAAUUAUUAUAACUACUUGUUUUUUGGGGGGAAUUAAUUUUUUUUAGGUGGGUGCUUGUUGAAUAUUUAAAUUUUCCUUUUCUAGUUACUGUUAUUAUAAUUAAAUAGUUAUAAAUGGAGUGUCUUGCGAGUACUUCGUCGACUUCAAUGUUCGUGUUUGUGACAGGACUGCUAUGUCUUUUCAAUGUGCAUACCGUACUGUCCGGGGAACUUACGUUUGAGUUACCGGAUAACGAACGUAUGUGUUUCUUCGAGAGUAUUAAAGAAGGCCUCAAAAGCACACUGGAGUUCCAGGUAAUAACUGGUGGUAGUUAUGACGUUGAUAUGGAACUUUCAGCACCAAGUGGUCAGAUAUUAUACAAAGACACUAAGAAACAGUAUGAUACCUUCACGUGGACAGCUGACCAGACUGGCGUGUAUAAAUUCUGCUUUAGUAAUGAGUUCUCCACAUUCUCCCACAAGGUUGUCUACUUUGACUUCCAGGUAGGCGACAAGCCUCCUCUGACUGCUGAAAUUGACUCACAUGCCACGGCACUGACUUUGAUGGAGAGCUCAGCUGUGGUUAACCAUGAAAAUUUAAAUCACAUAGUGGACUAUCAAACUCAUUUCCGACUUAGAGAGAGCCAGGCUAGAUCAUUUGCUGAAGACCUCAAUGAGCGUGUGCUGUACUGGUCCGUGGGUCAGUCUUUAGUCAUCUUAAUCAUCACAGUUGGGCAGGUGUUCAUCAUGAAGAGUUUCUUCACUGAUAAAAGAGAGGUCAAGACGUAAGGCAAGGGCAGAAAGCAAGAAAAACUACAAAGAGGUUAUGAGAUGCGGAUCAUUGUAUAUUUCACAACCUUACCUUUUUUUUUAACUGGAAAGAAGAGAAAAAAACCCCAUCAAUUAUAUAUAUAUAUAUAAACAACAACAAACAUAAUAAAGUAGGGAUGGGGUUUAUUAUUAAAAAAAAAAUUAAUAAAAACCAGAAAUUUGGACAUUUUAUCCAAUCAGAAAACAGACAUUGUAAUUGAUUUUUUUUUUUUUUCUUUUGUGAGAAGAUUUAAACUUUAAUUAUAAAUGAAGCCAACCAUAUAUUUCGUUGUCAGACAAACUGAAAGACACUGGCUUAUAGAUUAUACCAGUAGCUGCAAAUAAUUUCUUUUGUUUAUAUUUGCAAACUACAGUUACUGCUGUAAUUUAAAAUUGUCUAGAAUUCUAAUUGAUAACCUCUCCCAUGAAAACUAACAACCCUUAUCCAACACAGCAGCACCAUCUUUCCCUUUGUCUUACUAUACCCUGCUUGAUAAUAAAUUCCUUUAAGUUUUCUUCGAGACUUUCAACCCAUGCUUAAGUUAAUCUUUUAAUGAGAAAAGUAUUCAAAGGUUCAGUAUUAUUAUUGUUUUGUUUUUUUUUUUUGCUAUUUCUGUGAAGUACAUGAAAUAGUUAUAUAAUCACUUUCUGCUCAUCCUCCUAUCAAUUUUACACAUUUCCUUGAAAACCCAUGUAACUUACCCAGCUUUUCCCCUCAUAGCAAAAUGAACUGUAGAAGUCGCCUGCUCAUCUAAAAGUGGGUGUGAAACAAUGCUAAUCUAUCCAGCCAUCCAAUUCCUUAUCUUUUUACCUCUUCUGGCAUUUGUCUAUUAUUGGUUAUGUAGAAUAAGAGAAAGAAAAAAGAUUUUCAACAAGACUGAUACCUAGGGUCUUAAAAAGUUUUUUUUUUUUUUGUUUUCAGUUUAAAAUUUCAAAUGAAUGAUACUAAAAUGUUUAAAUAAAUGAGCCAAUGAAAGGGAAGAAUAAAUAGAAUUAAAAAUAUUUUAAAAUGUUAAAAUUGAAAUUCAUUUUAACAUAAAAACAAAAUUAUUGAUUAAAAAAAGAAGUGAAUUUUGAUUUGAGUUGAAAUUUUGAUUUCAGUUUUUAAGUUUUUUUUUUGUUUUUCAGUUGAUUUAAAAAAAUUUUUCAUUCAUAAUUCAAAUUAAGAAAGAUGGCUAUGAUAGUUUUAUCAUUUUGAAAUUUGAAACAGUGAAAAUAAUUGAAUUUGUCAUCUCUGAUUACAUUUAAGUUAUCAUUUUCUACUAAUAAGUAGUAUAUUAAUUUAUUACUUAUUACUCAGCAUCUCAUAGUAAUAUCCAUAGGAAAAAGGAUAACUUUUGAAUGAUUUGUUUUUCAUGGUCUGUGAAAGUGAAGCAAUUUAACGUCAAACUGUUUGGAACCUAAUUUAACCACUAAUUACUGAAGAAAUGCACUAACAUUCAUUCAUUAAGUGUAAUACUUCUUUGUAAUUCAGUAAUCCCCUUCUACACAUUAUAAGCUAAUGUUGGUUUAAAUAUAAAACUAUUUAAAACAGAUUUUAUAUUUGAAAGGAAGUAUUAAUAUAUGCCACACUUGCAAAAAAAUAAAAAACAAAAAAUACUUUCAUUUUAUAUCUUUUAUAUUUUCAGAAUAUUAGUAUUUUAAUUUAUUAUUGUUAAAUAACAAUAAGGCCACAAAUUUUGGAUGAGUAACAUAGUUGAUUUAAUUGACUUCAGUAUAUGACUGGUACUUAUUGAUCCCUGAGAACUCAAAACAUAAAUGAAAGUGAUUAAAUACAGCAAGCUGUUAAGCCUGGCAGUUAACCUUUUUUUUUUUUUGCAAUUUUAAUGAUAAUUAGUGGUUUCAAAUUUUGGCUCAAGGCCAGCAAUUUUGGUGAGAUCAGUCCCAGUACUCAACUGGUACUUAUUUCAUCAACCCCACCAAAAAUGAAAACCAAAAUCACCCUCAGUGGAAUUAAAACUCAGAUGAAGAACCACUAUGCAUUUCAUCCAAUGUGCUAACGAUUCUGCCAGCUUAAUAAUGUUAAUGAUAUUAAAAAUGUUUCCAGCUUAGGUACAAGGUCUGAAAUUUGUGUGAAGGUGGUUGGUUAAUUAAAUUGACUUAGUACUUGACUGGUACUUUUUAUCAGUCAAGUACAAGGAGUGAUUUAAUUUUUGUUAUUAUCUUCAUUAUUAACAUGGUGUUGAUUCUAAUUGCUUUACAAUAUUUGAGUUCAUGUUUCUGUAUUAGUCACAUCUUUCUUGGUAAAAUAAGUACCAGUUAUGUACUGAGGUCAAUUGACUAUACAUUUUUAAAAAAUUUAUGGUCUUAUGCCGUUAUCAUAACCAUCAUUACAUAAAACAUUACAGUUAAAUGUAUGAUAAUGCACCAAGCUUUUGGUGAUUUCUUAUCUGGUUGUAAGGAGAAUACCAAUUUGGUAUCUAUCACGUAGGACAAUGUGGUUGUAUGUUUGUUUGUAUUUUAUGUCUUUGGAGAUGUUGCAUGAAAGCCAGUAUUUUUUAUUAUCAUUUGGUGAAUUGGCAGAAAUCUUCAGAACAUCAAACAAAAUACCUUGCAGCAGUUAGUUAUGGUCUCUUUUACACUCUGAUUUGAAAUCCUGCUAAAGUCAACUUUGCCUUCAUCCUUCUGGAGUCCAUAAAAAGAAUUUCUGGCCUUCUGUCUACAUCAGAAAUUAUUUUUAUU